AUUCUUUCAGUACUACCUCUUUGUUCACAAAUUAUUAAAAGUAGUUUCGUAUUUAUCCCUUAAAUUUAUAACGAAAUUAAAUGUAAGUUUGUAACCGAGUGAGAAAAGAAAAUUGCUUAGAGAAAAUUUGAGAAAUGAAAAUUAAAACAAAAAUAAAACGAUAGAAGCCGGUAAAAGGGGGUUAGGGUUUAUCAUAUUUGAAAGCUUUCUUUAUCGCUCCCGGUUUCAAUCUUCGUUUCUUGCUGUCCUCAAAACUGGGAGUAUCCCUCAAUCCGAAGCAGAAGCCUAGAUGAGUGAUUCCAAGGAGAAGAAGAAGGAGAAUGAGGAGAGUGCACAAGAAGACGAGGCUGUGACCAUUGCUUUGCCCAAUCACAAAGCUGCACAAGCUGAUGCACAUGAACACCAUGACUCUUCUGUGCCAGUGGACCAAACCCUGAUUCAGACGUUAAAUGGCACUCCACCUCUCCCUGAAUAUAAUAAGAUUAUGGAAUCUUGGUCCAAUCCGGACCAACCAACUCAAGAUUCACCUGACUCCCCAGGCCCUUUAAAUGAUGACAAAGAUUUACUCAAACCUAAUACACAAACCACUUCUGAUGUCAAGAUUGAAGACAAUGACUUGCCUCCAAGCAAUCUAGGCUGUGAACACCACCAGAACAACACGUCUUCAUGUCAUGUUGAUACUGCUGGACCAGAUGUUUCAGUUGCCAAAGAUGAACCUUGUCAAGUGCGUGAUACCAAACUUGCUGGUGAUACUGACAUUCUGCCUGCAACUACUACGAUUCAUAAUGAACCGGCUAUGAACUGUGCUAAAGCUUCUGAUAUAAAAUAUCAAAUUCAGAAUGGACGGCAAAUCAAUAUGGAGGUGAAUGAAAAAGAUGUUAUUACACCUGUAGAGAAUGGGAACUCAAGCUCAAAGCACUUCUUUCUUUUGGGCAAUGAUCAUAUGUCAGAAGGUAAUGAAUCAGGAACAGAAGAAGAGCAAUCGGCUUUUAUGAAGGAGCUGGAAAAUUUCUUUAGGGAGAGGAGCACGGAAUUCAAGCCUCCGAAGUUUUAUGGGGAGGGUCUGAAUUGCCUUAAGUUGUGGAGAGCAGUGACUAGGUUGGGUGGCUAUGAUAAGGUGACUUCUUGUAAGUUGUGGCGGCAAGUGGGAGAGUCUUUCAAACCCCCAAAGACAUGCACUACAGUUUCAUGGACAUUCCGAGGUUUUUAUGAGAAGGCCCUCCUUAGUUACGAAAGGCAUAAAGCACAUGGUGGUGAGCUUAAUGUACCUAUUGCUUCCCACUCAGAGCCUAUGAAUAUCGAAAAUCAGGCUUCAGGAUCGGGUAGAGCACGUAGAGAUGCUGCAGCACGUGCUAUGCAGGGUUGGCACUCACAACGUCUUCUUGGUAAUGGUGAAGUUAGUGACCCAAUUAUCAAGGAUAAGAAUUCUAUUUCAAUGCAAAAGCGUGAAAAGCAGCUGAAGAACAUUGGUUUGCUUAAACGCAAGAAACCAUCUUACAUGGAACAUACGGUCAAAGCUGCACGUACUAGGGCAUCUAAACCACAAUUGGAUUCAUCAGUCGUUGAUAUUGGGCCCGCAGCUGAUUGGGUAAAGAUCAAUGUGCAGAAAACUAAAGAUUGUUUUGAGGUCUAUGCUUUAGUUCCGGGCCUUCUUCGUGAGGAGGUGCGAGUUCAAUCAGAUCCAUCAGGACGCCUUGUUAUAAGCGGUGAACCUGAACAUACCGACAACCCUUGGGGUGUCACACCCUUCAAAAAGGUUGUCAGCUUACCUUCAAGAAUUGACCCACAUCAGACAUCAGCUGUGGUUACCCUGCACGGACAGUUGUUUGUUCGUGUCCCAUUUGGGCAGUCAUAGUGGUGUUUAAGGCUGCCUACACCCAUGCACAAUAGUUAACUUAUUGGACGGACGGGAAUGAAACCGUUUAGUGGGCUCUGAAGUCUCUACCCUAGUUUAUAUUGGGUAUAUCCUCUUACUACGAUUUCUAAACUCGUGUAUGUGAGUUAGGGUAUUAGCGCAGUUUUAUUGUAUAUGAGUAUUGCUGUAUCAGUGCAGUUUGACAGUGGUUGAUCAAGUUGUAUCGCUCCCUUGUAAUGGUGAUCGAGAUCUGUUUUCAAUCUGAACCCUAUGUCAAACUCUACUUGCUUCA